AUGGGAGAGACCGAAGACGGUCUUCAUCGUGUUAUUGAAAUUUUAUCUGAAACAGAUCUUUCAGCUUAUUUAUCACGAAUUCGAGAUGAUCUUCAAGUGACAAAACUUUCUCAUUUUGAAUAUGUUCAAACAAGUGAUCUUGAACGAAUCGGUUUGAGUAAGCCAGCAAUAAGACGAUUAUUUGCUGCUGUUAAACGAAAACAACGAUCAAAUGCAAAAAAAAAUUCCAAUACUCCAUUAGUGUCUUCAUCAUCAACAACAUCAUGUCUGAUAUCUCCUUCCUCUCUUCAAUUAUCAAUUACAUUAGGUUCUGGUCAUUAUGGUAUAGUUCGUGAAGGUCUAUGGAAUGGUCUUCCUGUUGCAGUUAAAAUUCUUCAUGGUUGUAAUGCUGUUAGUGAUUUUGUUCGAGAAGCUAAUGCAAUGCAUACUUUAUCACAUCGAUAUUUAAUCCAUCUUCAUGGAAUUGUUCUUUCUGAACCAUUAAUGAUGGUAACAGAAUUAGCUCCACUUGGUUCAUUAUUAUCUCGAUUACGUAGUGAACCUAGACAUUUUCUUGUAUAUAUGCUUGUUGAAUAUACACGACAAAUAAGUGAAGGAAUGGAUUAUUUAGAACAAAGAAGAUUUGUACAUCGUGAUCUUGCUGCAAGAAAUAUUUUUCUUGUUUCUUAUGAACAGAUUAAAAUUGGAGAUUUUGGUUUAGCAAGAAUGAUGGAUUCAGAUUGUAAUUUGUACAAAACAGGAACAAUUAAAAGCCAAUCAAUUCCAGUUGCUUGGUAA